AUGGCCCGUCUCAAGCUCCGCCGCGGGUACUUCCCCUACCCACCUGCCCCGAUCAUCUCGCUUCCACCGGAAUUUCCUCCCCCUCCGCCAUCGUAUGAAGAGAGCUCCGGCUCCAGGCCACCAGCCUAUGCCGCCCCAGGCCAAGGCCCAAACAUCUCCCCCGCCCCCGAGGUGAACCAGGCGCGGGCUGCCUUCACCCAGGAACUGCCCCAAGAGCAGCCCUACCCGCGCUGGGUCAGACGCAACCUCUCUGCUACCACAUUCACCGUCUUCUUCAUGAUCCUCGUCGCCAUCCCCCAUCUGAUCUUCGCCUGCAUCGUCGCCAAGGACCUCCACGACGAGUACGUAUCACCCAACCACUUCACCCUUCAACCCAAAACUAACCACUCCCUCAGUGAAAAUGGCUCCAAGUGCGGCAGAUACUACAUCUCCCCCGCCGACGGUCCCCCCAACAACAGCGAGGGUUUGACAUUCCCUACCCCGGGCCUCUUCCACGCCGACUGCCGCCUCCUCUACCACUGGUCCCAGCUCCUAACCGCCGCCGCAUCAACCACCGCCCUCCGCGCCCUCCUCCAGGCCAUCCCCGUCCAGAGAUCCCUCAACUCAACGACCCCCAACCGCCCCCGCAGCCGCUUCGCCAAGUCUCUCCUCUCCCCUUCGGGCGUCUACGCCCUCCGCACCCUCUCCUCCUUCUCCCUCUUGGCCCUCUACCUCUCCUCGGGUCUCAUCCUCUGCACAAGUCGCUUCAUCACCGGCCCCCAGGCCCACGACUCCCUCCGCCCAGUCUACCUCGGCAGCGCUGGCCUCAUCUGGUUCUCCGUCCUCCUCACGGGGCAUCAGGCCGCCACGACGGGUAUAGCAAGCUGGUGCGCGAGAGGCAUGAGGGGCCCCCACGAGCGAUCCUACACCCCUUCGAUCUGA